CACACUAGGAGGAGGAGAGAGAAACAUAUAUGAUAUAUGCAUUAGAAAGAAGAAAGAGGAGAGAGAAAACUAAAAAGAGACAGCUUAGGGUAGAGCUUAUGAUGAUGUCUUUUAGAGAUCCACUUUAAUAUAUCUUAUCCUCCUCUCACCUCAAGAAAGUCUCAGUUUUUAAGGAGUAAGGGUAUCUGUUAGCAGCCAGUAGUAUUUUGUUGGUCCAUUUGAUCAAAAUUCAGUUUAAGUAGUUACUCCUAUAUACACCCACACAUACAUAGGAAUAUAGGAUACAUCACCUCCACCUCAAAAUCAACAAUACUACUAGAAAAAUAUGGCACAGUUACCUCCUAAGAUCCCAAGCCUACCACAUCAAAACUGGCCUCCUGCUUUCCCACCUCACCAAAGAAUGCCUCCCUUAACCAACAAUAUUUCCCCACCACCACCACAACCACCACAACCACCGUCAUCCACCGCCGCCAAUCAGUCGUGGGUCGACGAAUUCCUCGAUUUCACCACCACGAGGCGUGUAACCCACCGCCGCUCAAUGAGCGACUCCGUUACCUUCCUUGAGGGUCCUCACCUUGUCGACGAGUGCCGUAAUUCUGGCGGCGGCGGCGGUGGCGGAGGCGGCGGCGGAGGAGGUGGUGGUGGUGGGUUUGAUAGACUUGAUGAUGAGCAGCUAAUGUCUAUGUUUUCUGAUGACAUCUCAGCUGCAAUGGUGGGCCCACCUUCCUCUCCUUCUGAUCAGAAUUCCAACAAUGAUGAGGAAAAUCCUAUGUCUACUGAUAAUAAUAAUACAAAUUCUAAUGUUAAUAAUGAUGGCCAACCACAACAACAACAACUUGUGCAAUGCUUCCCCAAGAGUGAGCCUGGUGAAGUUGAGAGCGCGUGCCAUAGUAAUCCUGAUAAUAACAACCAAAUCUCCGCUCUACCUUCUGACAAUGCCAAUAAUCAAUCCGCCGGUGAUGGUACAAUCGAUCCCAAACGAGUCAAGAGUAGAAUUUUGGCGAAUCGGCAAUCGGCACAAAGGUCAAGGGUGAGGAAGUUGCAAUACAUCUCGGAGCUAGAGAGGAGUGUAACUACAUUACAGACGGAGGUAUCAGCCUUGUCUCCAAGGGUUGCGUUUCUGGACCACCAAAGAUUGAUUCUUAACGUGGACAAUAGUGCUCUUAAGCAAAGGAUUGCUGCUUUGGCACAAGAUAAGAUUUUCAAGGACGCUCAUCAAGAGGCAUUGAAGAAGGAAAUAGAGAGGUUAAGGCAAAUAUAUCAACAUCAGCAACAAAAUAUGAAGAAGAUGAACAACAACAGCAAUAACGUUGCUGCAACAGGAACAACACAAGCUUCAGAUCAUAACAUGGGAUUUACAGACAAGGAACAGCUCAUGACUUAAAACUUUUUUUUUAUUUUUUUUAAAAAAAAGGAGGAGAGAGAAAAUUGUAGUAGUAUGACUAGUGGUGGUGGGAUUAGCUAACCUGUGUAUUCACAUGACAUGUUCCCUUCUUCAACUUUUUUUUUUUUUUUAUUUAUUUAAUUUGUUGGGUUUUUAAUUUUUAAUUUUUAAUUUUUUCUUGGGGAGAAAGGGGACCAGAUCAAGUUGGAAGAUUGGAGGAUGGUACAUUGACACGUGUCCAGCAAGUAUGGGGUUCAGAACAUGGUUUUUGAUUUUUUUUUAUUAUUUUUUGUUUUAAUUAGAUUAUUUGGUGAAGAUUUUUUAUUUGGUGAUUUUUUUUUUGUUUUGGGUAAUUCGGUAUUAUUCUUUAGUUUUAAAAAAUGGGGGGUAUUUUUUAUUGAUGUGAAUCUUUGGGAGGGAGCAAAAGGAAGUGGGGAGUUGUAUUGGGAUGUAUGAAAGGAAGUGUGAGGAGGUUGUCAGAUUGACUGGAAGUGUUCAAUGUCUCAUUGUGGUGACUUCUUUUCAUUGUGGGUUAAUUCUUGUAAUAAUGCUCUACUAUCAUUAUUCUGUUUUUAUUGAAUUGAUAUGCAAUUGUAUAAAGUAACUUUCAAUUUAGAAAAUGAAAAAAAAAACCUUCAAAUUGUGUUCAAUUAAUUGAUUUGCAUUUCUUAUUUCCUUAAUAAUAAUACUAAUAAUAAAAAGUUACUCUUUGUGUUUC